UGCGCACGAGAAAGUAUCUGGUGCUCACAAGAUACCAAGCUAAAACUGGAGAUCAACCAGGACCCAACUAUUCAGAGAUAGUAAAGUCUCUAACAGACAUUUCUACAUCAACACUGACAGCUCCAUCUAUGGUUCCCACGGCUCCACAAGUUUGGAACUUCAUCAUCGAGCCUCCUGAGGAAUACGGCGUCCCUAAUGUCAUCAUGGUUGUGGACGACAACCCAGGUGUAGGUGCAGGCAUUCCUCCACUCGAGUUUGACAAGGACAUCCAACGACUGAUGGACCUUGAUGAGGUGGAUGAGGAGGACGAAGAGGACCUAGAAGAUAAAGACAGAGAAGAUGAAGACCCAGACGACAGUGACGACUCAGACGAGGAGAGUAAAGAAUCUGGCCACGACUCAAUGUUUGACUAUGAGUUUGACGAGGACAUCCAACGCCUGAUGGACCUUGAUGAGGUGGAUGAGGAGGACGAAGAGGACGAUGAAGACAGAGAAGAUGAAGACAGAGAAGAUGAAGACAGAGAAGAUGAAGACCCUGCUAGCCUUCCUGUCCUCGCUGGUCCUUCUGCUGGUCCCCCUGUCCUCCCUGGUCCUUCUGCUGGUCCUUCAAGUCCACCCUUCAUCCCGCAGUGUCCAGAAGAGUGUGCACCCUCAACCUCAGGCCUCAACUUCUUCCUGAAGAGGAGCAGGGAGGAGAGCAGCACGGAGCAGGUAAGUAGAAAGAGGCCGAGGACGUGCGGUGAAGAAAACCCUGAAGACUGAGCUCCUUCCACAUCAGGCCUCAGCUUCAGCACCAACCAAAGAUCCUGGCACGGUCCUUUCCAGUUCACAAGAUGGAUCGAGGACGGUGACUCUGACUGAAACACAGAGCCUACUCUUUGCAGGAAGGGAAAGUAUACACCCACAUAAACACACAAACAUGCACCCACACACUAGAAAUACAAACUAUGACGAUUGUUGUUGAUUUCUUGAUGAAUAGAUGUCUGCACACGAGGUAAGUAGAGAUGAAUGUCUCUGUUUAAAAAGUUCUACACAUUUUUAUUCUCUCAGUAAUUCAGAGAUUAUUUUUCUAACUAACUCUGUCAGUGUUUUUUCUCAUGAUAAGGUGAAGCAGACAAAGGUAAGUUAAGACUCAGUCACAACAUUAAAAACUCUCCUGUAAGUUUCCAUCCCACUCACUGAUCAUUUAAAGGACUGAGUGAUAAGGAUUUAAAUGGCUGUAAUGGCUGAAUCCAUGUGGUCAAGGUAAAGUAUUAUUUAAAGAUUAUGCUGAUGACAUUCUCCUGCACCUCUGAUUAUGGUUUCAUAAGUUCAUUAUUAACCCGACUCACUCUCUUGUUUUACCUAGACCAGCAGUGACGAUGAGGAGGAAUACGACUGAACAUGGAGAGAAGAAUAUUCUGGACCAGAUGAGAAGGAUGGAUGAGCAGAGGACCUGCUGCAGAGCGGUGGUAGCCUUUCUUUCAGUGCGCUCACAGUCCAAAAAAACGUCUGAACUCAGAGAGGAACAUCUUCCUGCACAAACACAAAAAAGGCCACUUGCAUAUAAAAAAUAGACAUGAUUAUAAAUGUUCACACUGCAUAUUUAUACAAGUCCUUGUGGAGCUGAGCUAAGGAGUGAUCAAACAGAUCUCUAAUACUAAAAAACACAGAUGUUAGUUUGUAUCAGGGAAAAGUGCAUAAAAGCAUAAAACCAGAGGGUUCUGGUAAAGUGAAGUUUUCAUCACAAAAAUAAGUGAAAUUGAAGGUGACAAUAACAGCUGUGAUGCAAAUGUUUUUUAAUGGACCUGGGUGCUGAUAAUCAAUAAAGGAAAGAACGCACAAAAAACUCUAACCUAGAGCUCUUUACAGAAAUAAAACUUAACAGUUAACUUAACCACACAACAAGUGAACAGCAACAUUAAAAGGUUAGAGUGAGUGAGCUAAUCCCUGAUCCAGUCCAGACUGUAAACAGAAGCCUUGUUACUACACCACAAGAAUGAAUAUCAUUUAUUUACACUUUCUUGAGACAGUCAUUAUAUCAUCUCUGACUCCACCAUAAAAUAUCUCACAGAAGUUUUUUCUUCUGUUUCUUAAACAUUUCCUGCAUGAAGAAAACAAAAUCCCAUCCACCACUCAACGAAAAAAUAGAGUGAAUGAAAUCCGAUUGUAAAGGACAGGAUCAAAACAUCUGAAACGAAUAACCAUACUGAUUUAUCAAAUAAAUAACAAACUAACAGUGGUGGACAAAG